AUGACUAGUAAAACAUUCUCCGAUCUUCCACAAGAUGAAUUAUCUGUUGUUUUACAAUAUUUACCGAUCGGAAGCCUAUUAAUGUUUUCAUUGGUUUCAAAGGCUAAUUAUGACUUUGUUCGUGAUCAAGUGAAGAAUAAUAUUUGCAAAUAUGUUGUCUAUGAAAAUAACUCUUGGUCAUUGGUGGAUGCUUUAAGACAAAAGAAAUCAAUGCGGUUAUCAGAGUGUUCUAAUGAAAUUGAAGGAUUUAUGAAUGAGAUUGCAGAAAGAAAUGGAUCCAUUUCAGAAAUUACAAGUCAUUUCAAAGCAGAUAAUAUUUCCUUUCCAGAUUUAUAUCAUUUAUUGGAUAUUAGAAAAGGUAGUGAAGAGGAAGAAUUCCAACAAGUCCAAGUUGAAACUAUAUGUUUAGAAAAUACACCAGAUAAUAAGCCACCUCAAUUAGUUGGAAAUGAUGAAAAAGGAUAUCACUUUGAAAAAAAGAUGAAAACUAUUGAGGGAGAGCCCCUUACUUAUGAUUUGAAAAGUCUCUCAAUUGACAUGACUCUUACUAGAUCUAAGCUUUUAAAGAUUAUGACCAAAUUGAAGAAUUUAGAGAGCUUGAAUCUAAUUGUUGAGCAAGAAUAUUACAGACCAAAAACAAGUCGUGGAGGAAGAGGUCUUGGCGGAGGAUUGUUCAGUAUAUCAAGUGGAGAAGAUGAUACACAAGAUGGGAAGGGAGAAGCCUUCGAUGAUGAAUUUAUCUAUGUACCAAUUAUGAAGAAACUCAAAAAAUUGGUGAUUGAAAGGGGUUUUGAUGAUGAUAGAUUUAUAUUUGAAAUUAGUUCAUUUUGUCCAAAUCUUGAACAUUUGCAUUUUGUUUGCAGAGAAUCUGUUGAUGAUAAUAUGUUAGAGCAUCUUGCCAAAUACUGUCCUAAAAUGAAGUAUCUAAAGAUUAAAAGCGAUGAUGGUGCAACUCAAUUCGAGUUGGAAAUUACAGAUAAGGGAUUGGAGCAUUUUUUGGAGAAGGAAACUCAAAUUGAAGUUAUUGAUCUUGAACCAGCAGCUAAUAUUUCAGGGUCCAUAUUUAAAAGACUUGGAGAUUUCCCAACAUUGAAGAGCUUUAGAACUCAAAGAGUUUCUUAUAAUGGAGAUUGUUCAGAUCAAGAGGAAGAUAUCUUCUUUGGUGGUAAUACAAAUCCAAACUUGGAAUAUUUAGAUAUUGGACCAGGUUUUAGCUUUACUAAGGAGGAAUUUGAGAAGUUAUUCAUUUCUUUGAAGAAAUUUGCUCCAAACCUAAAAGGAUUUGGUGAGAUUGGACAAGUGUCUGAAUGA